AUGACACCUUGGCAAGACUAUUUCAAUAACCCAAGUGGCUCGACACUGGGUCUUUUCACGGCAAUUCAAAAUAUCGGCGGGGUGUGUGCACUGUUGAUUGCUUCCUAUGUGGCCGACCUCUUUGGACGAAAGAUCGGCGUUGUCAUCGGCCUGGUUGUUCUUUUUGUGGGAACAAUUAUUCAAGUCGUACCAUCUGUCAACUCAAGCAUGUUUCUUGCAGGGCGCUUCUUAGUCGGGCUUGGAUCAAAUGUGACCCAGGGAUCCGCACCGCUACUUAUAACCGAGCUUGCCCAUCCUCAGCACCGCGGUAAACUGACUACGAUGUACAACACUCUGUGGUAUGUCGGAGCAAUAGUCGCGGCUUGGACGGUAUUUGGGACAAUCAAGUAUACAUCGGAAGCAUCAUGGAGAAUACCGGUCGCUAUGCAGGCAGCCAUGCCAAUCAUUCAGUUUCUGGGUAUAUGGUUUCUCCCUGAAAGCCCCCGUUGGCUCUGUGCGAAUAAUCGUUACGAGGAGGCCUUUGAAGUCUUAGUCAAGUAUCACGCCAGUGGCGACAGAGACGACACCUUCUGCGCAUUCGAAUUCCAUGAAAUUCAGGAAACAAUCCGUAUGGAGAAGGAAAAUUCGACAACCGGUUGGCCAGUGCUUGUCCAGACGCCGGGAAAUCGCAAACGACUUCUACUUAUUCUACUGGUGUCAUUCUUCUCGCAGUGUUCAGGAAACGGUCUGGUCUCGUAUUAUUUACAUGACAUCUUAAGUUCCGUCGGAAUUGAAUCCUCUUAUGACCAGUCCGUCAUCAAUGGUGGUUUAACAAUCUGGUGCUUUUUAGUGUCAAUCUGCUGUUCUUCUUUCCUUGUCGAUGUUCUCGGUCGACGAAAGCUUUUCCUGAUUGCUGGCUUCGGUAUGCUGAUCACAUUUAGCAUUUGGACAGGUUGCUCAGCGGUAUAUGCACAAACUGGCAACAAGGGUGCUGGAAGUGCAGUCAUUGCUAUGAUAUUCCUCUUUUAUGGAGUCGCCGGCUUCGCUUGGCCUGGAUUGACUGUUGCGUAUCCCGCCGAAAUCCUUCCUUUCGGCAUCCGGGCGAAAGGUCUUGCCGUUACCAUGGCCGCUACAGCCUUGUCGUCUGUCUUCAACCAGUAUGUUAAUCCAAUUGGCCUUGAAUCGUUGAAGUGGCGAUUCUAUUUCGUGUAUAUUGCGAUUCUGGUCAUUGAGUGCCUUUGUAUUUGGUUCCUAUUCGUGGAAACAAAGGGCCCGACACUAGAGGAAAUUGCAGAGCUCUUCGACGGAGAACAUGCCAAUGUCGCGGGUAACCAAGGGCUUUCACAUGACCAGAAGCCCAUGUCAGUGGAGCCAUGA